AUGUGUUCGCCAUACUCAGACUCUAGCUUUUCCACCAAUUCCUCAUAUAUGCCUGGGGAACCCGGCUCACCGCAACAGGGAGCCGUGACCUCUCCAGAGAGACAGAAUUCAUCUCAACUAAGCCCAGUAUCUCCUCAACAACAGCAAAUCCCAUUUUCCUCGGACACAGGCUCCGGUCGGCUUAAACGGCGAGCAUCUCAGGGAUCACUCCUAACGAAGCCAUCAUCCGUGUCUCGCUUUCUAUCGAGAAACAACGCCUCUUUACAUAUCCCAUCCUUUGAGCAUCUCGGCCUUUCGAAGACGAAGUCAUCCAGUCGAAUCGAAUCACGCACCCAUUCAGCUGAUUCUCGUCUCCGUCUUCAUACAACUUCUGCGGCGUCGAGCUCGCUGGCGACUCGUGCGUCCCAGUCCACUUCUACGGUGUGGGACUUCGAGACCAAAGGCGACUACCCCACUGCUCUCCCCCCGACACCUCCGGAGGACGACGAGUACGUAGCGUGGAAUCCUCGGUCCGGAAUGCUGCUUUUCGAAUCGCCUUUGAGCAGAGAACCUGGGCCAAUGCCCAUGGACGAAGGUCCUAAUGUGGACAGCGCUGCCAGAGGUGCUACUUCAGACGGCCUGAGUAGUCCAUCCGAUCAACUCUCGAACGUUUCUCCUUCGAGCUCCGGAAGUCCAGGCUCAUCUGGUGAGAUGGACUGUGAUCUUAAUUCUUGGCUUGAGAGUGGCAUCGAAAUGACUGUGUCUUCCCUACCGUUCCCGAGUAAUACCGGUGAAGCCGUCAAAAUUGUUUCUCAAAUGCUUCCUUACCCAUGCACAGCAGAUAAGAAUGCCGCCGUUCAUACGAACGAUGACGUGUUCUGCUCUCUCAUUCAGGCCGUACAACGACGCAUACAAUCUGGACAAUCGCCAUCUUAUAUCAACAUUACGCAUGCAGUCCCCGAACAAUUCAGCCUCUCAAACCUUCCGUACUCCCCACCGAACACCCCGCGCUCCUUAUUCUCUGCGGAUGAUUAUUUCAACUCCAGUGUGUUUUCCAGUGCGGCCGUGGUGUCCGCUUACCAUGAUUUUCGGGGUGUGAUCCAGGGGAAACCAUUGCGCUUUCCUAUGCCGGUCGUUCCUCCGUUUAGCGUACACCUCUCAGUCCUAGAACGAUACCUUCCACCAUCAUCACCUCAAGAAUAUAAGGACCUUUUUAAUCCUGGCCGCCCAUCGUUCUUGGUCGAUCGGAUGUCUGAGCUCUCGCGUGACGGAGGGUCCUUGCUGUUUAUAUACCCGACAAAAAGAGGUGGUUCGACCUUCAAAUCCCAGUAUCUGGGACCUAUCCUUGAUCCCUUACUUCGGCAGCUCGUGGUAGUAAACGAACUAUCCGCCGACGUAGGCCGCUAUUUGGGAAAACUUUCCACUGUCAGCCACAUGGAAGACUUUGACACGAUGCGCAACAAACUUGCGCAACUCUGCUCUGAUUUGAGUUCGUCUUCAUCGCAGUUCACCAUUGCCGAUGCACGCAAGGGCAGUGCCCACCUCGAUCGGCAUGUAUGGACUGAGUGGUUCAUCCACCAAGAAAGGACUCGGAUGAAAGAUGUGCUCAGUCUUUACUGGCAGAAUGGCCGUCGCUUACCCGCAGCAAAAGCCGCCUCUAAUAUGUCCACCAACUAUCUUCUGGAGGACAAAGAGGUGACGUCCGCCAUGCUCCUGGGCGAGAUUCUCGAUGGUAUUAGAAAACGACCUUAUGGUGAGGAGACUGAACCUCGCGAUGGGAUCGAACUUGGAGUUUUCGUGAUUCGUCGGUCCCACUAA